AAAAAAACGUAAAAAACUUCCGAAUUCCGAAGCAUACAACAUCUCUGUUCCAACGAAGUUUCUCAUAUAACGUUGCAGCAAUAACGAUGGUGUCAAGGCAAUACCUCGUAUCUCCAUUUUUUGAUAAAUUUGAAUUACCCGCUAUAGACAAAGAGCUAGAGAGCAUGAUAGUGCUGAACAAUCAAACGGUUCCUUUUUGGCUUGCAUUUACCCAUAAUUCCCGCUCAAAUUCGUGCAAUACCUCGUAUCUCUAAAAAUAUGGCGUCUUCUGUAGAGUGGUUAUGUGA